AUGGAACGUACGUUAAAGAAGGGGUUGAGCUAUCAGUUACGAAAGUUCAAGGCAAAUCGUCGAUAUAAAGCACCGGAUGCCACAACAAUAGCCAGUGAUGCAAAUCCUCAUAAAGAUAGAUACAUCGACAUACGAUGCCUUGAUGCAACCAGAGUAGUUCUUCGAGAUAAUCCAUCAGACUAUAUAAAUGCCAAUUACAUUGUAUCAUUGACUGGACGGAGGUUUAUAUGCACGCAGGCCCCAUUAGAGAAAACUAAAGAAGACUUCUGGAAAAUGGUUGUACAAGAACGGUGUCGAACGAUUGUAAUGCUAUGUAGCGAUGUUGAUGAGUGUAAGGAUAAGUACGCAAAUUAUCAUCCAACCCGUGUCGGUGAUCAGAUGGUUGUGGGAAAAACUAUAAUUACUUCAAUGACACAAUUUAUCUCAUGCAAGUUGGGCUACACAGUUUCGAUACUCGAAGUGCAACAUGCACUGUCUCGAUUCAAACUAAGCCAUAUUCAUUGUACGUCAUGGCCUGAUCAUAGCGCACCAAAAGACAGCACUUGUGUAAUAGCGAUUCACAAAAUGCUCUUGCAAAAUCAUCUAAAACGUCCAGUCGUCGUUCACUGUUCUGCUGGAAUUGGAAGAACCUGUACGUUUGUUGGUUAG